AGACCACAAGCCACACUGAGCAAACUCAUCGACUCAGUACUGUUCGAUUCGAUCCAGCCUGACCUGACUCCACCCUCCACCUCCAGCCUUCAGGACCUACCAGUUAUAACUGAUCCGACAAUUUCUGCAUCAGCGGGACCCACAGGUUUUGAUCUGCAGCGUUCAACGACAAAACUAACGGCUGAGAUCAGCUAUGACCCACAAGAGAAGUCCGCCCGCCUUGCUCGUCCUCAAUCCUCAUAGUCAUAGACAUAGAGGAUCAGACAGCGCGCCGCUCCUUUCGGAUCUGGGCGAGGCGAGCUGCGGCGCGGGGCGUCGCGGAGGCCGGAGGAGGAGGAUGAACUGGAUCGGGCGCAAGAUCCACCUCUACAAUGUCACCAUCGGCCUCUACAUGCUCGAUUGGUGGGAGCGCUACCUCUUCAAUAUUUUGAUGGUUUGCCUCUUUUGGUACAUUCUUCGCUAUCUCCUUGGGUUCUUCCAAAGUAAUCUGAAGACGCUUUUUCAGGAGGGGAACUAUCUUGGGCAAGGCAGUACAUAACCAUUGUCAAACAAGAUCUGCUUAUGAUCAUUUGCCCAUGUAAUUCCAUCUGUUUAAUUAGUUGUUAACUGAGAAGCUGAGAAAACUAAUUUGAACAAGUGUUACCGUGUAGCCAUUGUCUGUAUCUUCCCUCGAAGCUAAUAGUCUCUAGUGUUUCUUUUUAUGGAGGAGGGAAAAGAAUUAUGUUGUGCAAGAUUUGGCUUUUUGUUGGUCGUUGUCUUGCUUGCCUGCCGAGUUUACUGGACAGACCACAACUCUGUUGUUCUGUUGUGUUCUGCAUUAGCACUACAUCCACUCUGCCCCGUUAUGGGUAUGGCAUGUACCAUCUGUUCAAUUCAUCACCGAAGUACAAAAUCAGUAACCUGUGAUAUCUGAUA